UUACACAAGUCAAAUGUAGAAAUAUUACAAUGGCUAGUGCAGCAAAUCUAAACGCUGUGCGAGAGACUAUGGAUGUUCUUCUGGAGAUCUCAAGGCUUUUGAACACUGGCUUGGACAUGGAGUCACUUUCCAUUUGUGUUCGCCUUUGUGAGCAAGGAAUCAAUCCAGAGGCCCUUUCUUCUGUAAUAAAGGAGCUCCGUAAAGCUUCAGAGGGAUUAAAGACAUCUGAAAACAGUACAAGCUAAUGAAGACAGAGAUAGCCUUGUAUGAACAAAACGGACACCAGCCCCAUCCACAAAGCUGAAAAACCUGCCUGAAUAACGGAAGCUUUGUGCAUCUUAAAGAAGUUACACUAAACAUUUCUGUUUCACCAGAUACCGUCUAGGUAUUUCUAUUUAUUAAAAGUGCCACUGAAUGAAUGUGACUGUGAUUAAUGCAUUCUACCACUGAAGUAUUUUUUUUGCUAAUAUCCUGUUAGUGUUGUCACAGUAUUUCAACCUAACUGUUAAGUGGCAUGUACCCAAAGUUAGAAAUGAAAGCACAUUGUAACCUCCCUUUAAUUGCAUAAGAUGCCGUGCUAAUGCACAAUAUAGGCUACAUUUGAAUCUAACUUUUUUGUUUUGAUCUUUUUGCAAUUUUCGUUACUUUAUUAAAUGGAAUGAAAUUAAUUAUUGAAAGAAUAAUAACGAUAAAGAAUAAUUUCCAUUGCUAUAUAACAGACUUCAGUGGGACGCUGUUGUGUACUUUGCAUGUUUUUUUACUGCGAUAUCCUCCAAAUGUUGAUUCCUAACCGUUACUGCAACACAUCUCCACCUGCUUGCUUUUUAUUCCUACAGCUGCCAAAGUUCAUGCAUUCAAUUAACUAAUACAGUAAGAAACCUUAAGCUAUAAACAGAAUAGCUAGUAAGACUACCAUUGUAUUGCCACCGAUCUUAUUUGGUCACACCUGGGCUUAAUUAGACGUAUCUUAGGGCAAGGUUUCCCAAACUGGUAGAAGGGAGCAAGAUAAUUUCAAAGGGGCUGCAACACAUAGAU